GGUCUUUUCCCUACUGAUCAGGACCAGAAGGCCAAGAGGAGAGCCAUAGACAAUAUAUAUAUACAUACAUAUACAGAGACCAGUACUGCUAUCUAUACACAUACCUGCUGCUCUGUGGUCCAUUAAUCCAUCUCUUGGACCCAAUGUUUUGUACCUGAUUUUGAGGCGUGGUUGUUUGUGUUCGUUUCACCCGUUAGUUGCCGCUUUUUCCUCCGCUUUUGCCGUUAUGGGAGCGUUUCUGGACAAGCCCAAGACUGAGAAGUACAAUGAGUCGAACGCGGGCGGGGAUCUGCGCUACGGGUUGUCCUCCAUGCAAGGAUGGCGGAUUGAGAUGGAGGACGCGCACACGGCCAUGAUCGGACUGCCCAACGUGAGUGAGCGCGUGUCUUGGUUCGCCGUGUUCGACGGGCACGCCGGCUCACGCGUGUCAGCCCAUUGUUCCCAUCAUAUGCUGAACUGCAUCCUCACGCAUGACAAGUUCAAGAGUGCCAUUUUGAAGGAGAAGAGCCAGACUCAAGGCGAGUUCUUGAGCGAGAUCCAGGGAUCCAUCUUGGACGGCUUCCUCGAGCUGGACGAGAAGCUCCGCAAGAUCCCCGAGGUGGCCAACGGCGAAGAUAAAAGCGGCACCACGGCCGUGUGCGCGCUCAUCACCGAGAAGUACGUGUUGUUCUCGAAUUGCGGGGACUCGCGCGCCGUCUUGUGCAGUGCCGGCGAGCCGGCCUUGGUCACUUUGGAUCACAAGCCCUCCAACCCGUUGGAACAAGAGCGCAUUGAGAACGCUGGCGGCAGCGUCAUGAUCCAACGGGUCAACGGAUCCCUGGCCGUGUCCCGGGCCUUGGGCGAUUUUGAAUACAAAAAUGUGGAUGGCAAAGGUCCCACUGAGCAGCUCGUGUCGCCGGAGCCCGAGUUCUACAUCCGCGAGCGGUCCUUGGCCGACGAUGAGUUCUUGGUACUCGCCUGUGAUGGAGUCUGGGACGUGAUGUCCAACAAAGACAUUUGUAAUUUCGUUCGACACCGACUGUUGGUCAAGGAUGACCUGGAGGCCAUUGCCAACGAAGUUAUAGAUACGUGCCUGCACAAGGGAAGUCGCGAUAAUAUGAGCAUACCCGGUGCUCCCAAACCCAACCAGCAAUCCAUAGACGCCGAGACCGCCGUGGACAACAAAUUGAAGGCUCGAAUGAAGGAACUCGCUGACGAAGACGGAUCCGGGGGAUUUCAAGCCAUAUGUCAAAAGAUGAGCGAAGAAUCGUGGGAAGGACUUCCGCCAAGUGGCGAGCUGUUUGCCAAGCGAUCAAUGUUGGAAGAAGAAUAUAAGUUGAGCUAUCCAGAAAAGCACUCCGAAGAGGUGUCUCCAUGCCCCCAUCCCAUGGCAUCUCUCCUGUACACAAAUGCCAAUCAAUCUCCUAUUCAAAAUGACAAAUGAUAUCUCACGACAAUUAAAAUCUACCAUUAACGCAAGAAAAAACAUCGCUGUAAGGAAUCAUUGCCAUUGAUCGAGGAAAGUUUUUACAGGCGCGGUUUCGUACAGACCUACUUGACAUUAAGCGUUUGCCAACGCUAACGAACGCUGAAUAAAUUGUUAUUCCAAA